AUGGCCCACAAGUCCCAUCGCCAAAAGGCCCUCCAGGCCCAGCUCGAGGGUCCCCGCGAGAUCUCGGUCGUCAAGCCCAAAAAGGUCAAGGCCCUCCCCGUCGCGGCCGCCUCGAUGGACAUCGACGACGACGAGGGGGUCGUCAUCGCUCAGUCUGGUUCGGCAUCCGCUGAGGCCUCGGCCUCGUCUUCGGGCUUUGCUCCCCUGUCUGCUGCUGAGCAGAGCUCGGUGCUCAAGAACGAGUUCCGUCGCGUCCCCAUCCCCCCACACCGCAUGACCCCGCUCAAGCGCGAGUGGGUCAACCUCUACACCCCCAUGGUCGAGAUGCUCGGUCUCCAGGUCCGCAUGAACGUCAAGCGCAGGGCCGUUGAGAUCAAGUCGUCGGGCCACACUGUCGACUCGGGCGCCGUCCAGAAGGGUGCCGACUUUGUCAAGGCCUUCGCUCUUGGCUUUGACGUCAACGACGCCAUUGCUCUCCUCCGUCUCGACGACCUGUACCUCGACUCGUUCGAGGUCAAGGACGUCAAGACUCUUCACGGCGACCACAUGUCGCGUGCCAUCGGUCGUAUUGCCGGUGAGGGCGGCAAGGUCAAGUUCACCAUUGAGAACGCGAGCAGGACACGUAUUGUUCUUGCCGAGACCCAGAUCCACAUUCUCGGCUCGGUGCAGAACAUCAAGAUUGCGCGUGACGCCAUUGUGUCACUCAUUCUCGGUUCUCCUCCUGGCAAGGUGUACGCGCACCUGAAGACCGUCGGCGCGCGUAUGAAGCAGCGUUUCUGA